AUGCCCGGUACUGGCGUGAUCAUACGCCCGACAUCUACGACAGGCAAGGGCCGAGAAGCGAGCAUCAUUGCUACUUCAUGUACCAUCUUGAAUAGCAUAUCCCAAAGCUUGGGAGUAAGCGAUGACGCCGCCAAUACGGUAGAGAAGCAAACCAGCGAAACGUAUUGCAACAUACCAAUCGGAACGUUGAUGACUCUUAUACGGCUUCCGUCGGCCAGAACAACAUUCGAAGAAGAGGUGGAACAAACCGCAGUGACUUCUGAUAACGAGAUUAAAACGUCCAAGGCGGCUCACUCGCAGAAGUCUACAGCGGAAUCGGUUUCAAUCAAUAUGCCAGGAGUCGAAUCUAUGAUGGGGAAACUAUAUACGCAGUUGGAGCAUUCGCAGGCAAUGUUGCACACAACAACAGCCGUAGAUUUGACUUCUCACGAAAUUGCAGAAACCGCAGAAGUUUCGACAACGGUACUCACAACCCCACACAUCACAACCACGUUGGCAGCGGAAUCGGAAGAUACCAACAGCCCAGUGCUGAUAACGUUGACGGUUACGCUUGUGGAGAAACAGACUGUCAUGAGGCCUUCGCCCGGCCAAACGAAUCUUCCAAAGCCUAUAUGUGGAGGUAAAGAUGACCUGCGAGGUCAUGUCGACAUUCAAGAUCAACGUGUAAGGCAGACUUCGUUUGAAUGGUGUUCCUUACCGGCUGUCAAGAGGCUCAUGAGAGCUGGUGAUGGAUGUGUGAAAGAUGUACAACGUGACUCGUGA